AUGAAGGGUCAGUGUUAUUACCGGAACGGGACGGAGGAUAUUAGGGUGCUGCAGCUUUGGAUUUACAAUCAGGAGGAGUAUGUGUACUUCGACAGUGAUAAAGGAAUCUUCAUCGCCAAAACCAAGCUGGGGAGAUUGAGCGCUGAAUACUGGAACAGCCAACCGGAUAUACUGGAGAAAGCACGAGCUGCACGGGAGACAGUCUGCAAACACAACUAUCAGUUCUACAAGCCUACUGCCAUAGACCUGAAAUCUGAACCCAGUAUCAGAAUUAUCUAUGCACCAUCAACAGACCAGGAAUACGAGAACAUACUGACCUGCUUUGUGGACAACUUUUUUCCUCCAACGAUAAAAGUCACCUGGCUGAAGAACGGGGUGGAGGAAUCAGAUAAGGUCACAGCAUCAGCACUAUUUGCUGAUGGGGACUGGACAUACCAGAUACAUGUCGACCUGGAGGCAACCAUACAGCAUGGGGAUGUUUUCAUCUGUCGUGUGGAGCACAGCAGUUGGACCACACCUAGAGAAGUACAAUGGAGUAAGACAUCUGAAUCUGCUCGAAGCAAGACUCUAACCGGUUUGGUGGGGUUUGCCCUGGGAUUGGUGUUCUUCAUUGUUGGGCUUCUUGUGUAUCUGCGAAAUACAAAAGGUAUUUUCACCAACCUUAGUGGACUUUUAUUUCCUCAUUUUUAA